CUAGCCCCUUGACCAGUGUCCUCCUUUGGAACCUCUCCUGCUUAAGGAUUUUCUUCUUCUCUUUCUAACUUUCUAAAACAGUGUGGGUUGAAGCCUUUCAUCCCUCCCGAUCCACAGGAUGCAACCCUGGGGUCUCAGCAGCUCUCUACAGCUAUUACAGUCUGCAAAAAAGCAACACAGAGGGAAGAAUCUCAAGAAAGACUAGAGUGUGAGGAAGCCAGGACCAGUUCCACCCUGGGGAGAGAGGACUACUAGAUUCUUACAGCCCCACCCUUCCCAGGAAAACGAAACUCAAAAGCUGCUCAGCCCAGGCUCAGCGCACUGGGAGGUAAAGACCAGCAAGCUGCAGAGACUGCACUGCCAUCAGCUCCCCUUCCCUGCCUGACCAUGGUGCAGGAGCUCAGAAACACCCGGGCCAGAGACCUGGACAAGUUCAUAGAGGACCAUCUCCUUCCAGACACAUAUUUCCGGGAAGAGGUUAAAGCAGCCAUCAACACCGUAUGCGACUUCCUAAAGGAAAGAUGCUUCCUACAGACUGCCCACCCCGUGCGGGUCUCCAAGGUGGUGAAGGGCGGCUCCUCCGGAAAAGGCACCACACUCAAAGGCCGGUCCGAUGCCGACCUGGUUGUCUUCCUGAAUAAUCUCACCAGUUUUGAGGAGCAGUUAACACGCCGGGGAGAGUUCAUUGCGGAAAUCAAGAGACAGCUGCAAGCCUGUGAGAAGGAAAAGAGGUUUCGUGUGAAGUUUGAGGUCCAGAGUUCAUGGUGGACAAACCCUCGGGUACUCAGUUUCAAGCUGAGCUCCCCCCAGUUCCAGCAGGAGGUGGAGUUUGAUGUCUUGCCAGCCUAUGAUGCCCUGGGUCAUGUCCACAAAUACAGCAGGCCUGACCCCCAAGUCUACACCCGCCUCAUCCAGGAGUGCACCAAACUGGGAAAGGAAGGGGAGUUCUCCACCUGCUUCACUGAGCUCCAGCGCAACUUCCUGAAGCAGCGGCCAGCCAAGCUGAAGAGUCUCAUCCGCCUUGUCAAGCACUGGUACCAAAUGUGUAAGGAGAAGCUUGGGAGCCCGCUGCCCCCACAGUAUGCCCUGGAGCUGCUCACAGUCUAUGCAUGGGAACGUGGGUGUGGAGCCCAUGAGUUCAACACAGCCCAGGGGUUUCUAACUGUCUUGGAACUAGUCAUGAACUACUGGCAGCUUCGCAUCUACUGGACUGAGUAUUAUGAUUUUGAAAAUGAGAAUAUUUCCAACUACCUGCAUUCACAGCUCACAAAAGUCAGGCCUGUGGUCCUGGACCCCGCUGACCCUACAGGAAACGUAGCUGGUGGGAACUCAAAGGGCUGGCAGCGGCUGGCAGGAGAGGCUAAGGCCUGGCUGCAGUACCCAUGCUUUAAGAAAUGGGAUGGGUCCGUAAUCGGCUCCUGGGAUGUACCGCCCGAGGUCGAUGUGCCACACCUGCAGGGGGAAGACAACUGGACCUGCACUAUCCUGUGAGCCCAACAGCACCUGCCAGAAAAAUUCUGGAAUCAGGGGGAUGCUCGCUUGCAGGCAUGGCCUUCACAUAAAGAGGAACGAUGACAUGACUACAUGGUCUUUCCAAUGAUUGAGUGUCCAACCUGGCAUCACACCCCUCCCUCCCACACUUCCAUUCUGCCUUAUCACAUAUCAUUCCCCACAGCCUCAUCCACUUUAUCCUCUGAAGUGUUCUCUGAGAGAGACAAGAGAGAUUUAGACAGAAAUUGGGAAUUCGACCUGGACUCUCCUCUGUGUACCUGUUGGGACAGUUGUGUUCAAUUUUAGAUCAUUGACAAUAAAUAAUAGCAAACGCCAUGGA